AUUGAACUCUGCAUUGAUUAAUGGAGAGAGCGACCAAGAGUUCAGAGUGCGGGUGUCGUCAUACGAAAAUGAAACGUAUGGGGGAAACGCACUGUGUACUCACAGUUGUAAAAAGCGAAUGAUGCUACGCGUAGGUCGGGGUCCAUAUAAACCAAAAGACUCCUUUUGUAUAGAGUUAGCUAAAUAACCAACAACAGCCACACAGUAUCGGUCUACAUAGCAGUUAAAUGUCAACUAAUGGAGUAUAACGCUGGUUAGCACAGAAAACAAUCGGUCCUGUCAAACUUUGCUAAACAGCAAUCUGUCGGCUGUGGGUGAUAAACAGGGGUGCAGAGUCAGUUUGGAGAUGACCUCUCUACAGUAGCUGUCUGGACUCGACAGCUGAUCCCGGCAUCCCUCUAUGGCGUGCCCUGUCCAGUUCCUUUGCCGGGGGCUCCGCACUGUGGGAUUAGUUCUCCUCUACUAUGUGUUCUCUAUAGGCAUCACCUUCUAUAACAAAUGGCUAAUGAAGGGAUUCCACUAUCCCCUCUUCAUGACGUUGGUUCACCUCACCAUCAACUUCUGCCUGUCGGCCCUGACGAGACGGGCCAUGCAGUGCUGGACAGGGAAACCCCGCAUUAUUCUGAGCUGGACAGAUUACCUCCUUAAAGUGGCUCCCACAGCCUUGGCCACAGCACUGGAUAUUGGACUUUCCAACUGGAGCUUUCUCUUCAUCACCAUUAGCUUGUACACCAUGACCAAGUCCUCAGCAGUGCUCUUUAUCCUCUUUUUCUCCCUGUUAUUUAAACUAGAGGAGCCGAACCCAUUCCUGAUCCUGGUGGUCCUGCUGAUCUCCAGUGGUCUGUUUAUGUUCACAUUCGAGUCGACCCAGUUCAACCUGGAGGGAUUCAUCAUGGUGCUGCUGGCGUCCUUCAUAGGGGGGAUCCGCUGGACCCUCACUCAGGUCCUCAUGCAGAAAGCAGAGCUGGGCCUUCAGAACCCAAUAGACACCAUGUACCACCUACAACCUCUCAUGUUCUUUGGCAUCUUUCCCCUCUUCCUGUUUAACGAAGGGCUGAGCCUCAGUACCUCAGAAAAGUUGUUCCGGGUGACCGAGCUUUCACCUCUCCUUUAUUCACUCUUCACACUGAGUAUCGGCGGCUCACUGGCCUUUGGUUUAGGCUUCUCAGAGUUCCUGCUAGUCUCCCGAACCUCCAGUCUCACUCUAUCCAUAUCAGGGAUCUUUAAGGAGGUGUGUACUCUGGUUUUGGCAGCAGCUCUGAUGGGAGACAGAAUGAGUGCGGUCAAUUGGCUGGGAUUCGCUGUGUGUCUGUGUGGCAUUUCAUUGCAUGUGGGACUCAAAACACAUUAUUCGAAAAAUAAGGUCCCGUCUUUAAGGCAGCUGAACAGUAGGAGCCCAGAGCUUGAGUUGCCAUUACUGCAGCAGAAAAGAGAUGAAGCAGAGGAUUCAGCUGCUGAUGAAUACAAUGACGAAGAUGAAGAACAAGAAAUCACACUACACUGACAUCACAGGAUACCGGCCAAUGAAGUCUUGACUGUCGUCAUACCACGCAGUCCUUUACUCUUCCAUUAGAGGGUUUGAACAGUGACGCCAAAUAUGUGCUUUAGCACUUCCCAUGACUGUUUGGGACACUCUGCCACAAAAAAAGGGAACAGCCUCCUCAGCUCUUUACUCCCAGUGAUCAUGUCUUCAGGCAAGACCAGGGUCUCAUUUUCAUCCGUACAUUAACUGUGGACUUUGAACGUAACACAAGUGAUAAUGUUUUGCCUUGGGGUGGUUUAUUAGGAGGAAAGGUUGCAGUAAAAUAACCACUCUUUACAACUGUGGUGAGCAGAAAAACAUCUCAGAAUGAAAAACACUUCGAACCUUGAGGCAGAUGAGCUACAACAGCAGAAUACCACAAUGGGUUCCACUCCUGUCAGCCAAGAACAGGAAUCUGAGGCUAUAGUGGACACAGGCUCACCAAAACUGGACAGUUGAAGACUGGAAAAAUGUCACCUGGUCUGAUAAACCUGGAUUUCUGCUAAGGCAUGUAGGGUCAAAAUUUGGCGUCAACAGCAUAAAUCCAUGGACCCAACCUGCCUUGGUUCAGGAGUCUAGUCCGGGUUGUUGUAAUGGUGUGGGGAUUGUGUUCUUGGCCCCUAAUAAUGGCUACUUCCAGCAUUACAUCUACCACAACAAAAAGUUGUCUCAAACUGGUUUCAUGAACAUCAUAAUGAGUUCGGUGAACUUUAGUGGCCUCCUCAGUCACCAGCCCUGAAUCCAGUAGAACACUUUUGGGAUGUGGUAGAACGGGAGAUUGGUAGCAUCGAUGUGCAGCUGAAAAAUCUGCAGAAAUAAUGUGAUGCAAUCAUGU